AUGGCUUCCUGGAGCUCUCCAAGACCUGAUGGUUUCUACCAAGUUAAUUGGAGAAUUAUUGGUAAUUAUGUGAUUAAUGAUGUUCAAAGUUUAUUUGUAACAUGGUAUAUUCCUAGAGAUUUUAACAAAACCUACCUUUCUAUGAAUCCCAAAACUGAUAUUGCCAAGUAUCCAGUAUAUAUACUAAAGAAAGUUGGUUUUGCCGAGAAAUUUAGUAAAUACAUUGAGCAAUGCAUUUCUACCACUAAGGUCUCCAUUAUUGUUAAUGGUUCUCUUAUUGAUGAGUUUAGUCCUACUGGAGGUAUUAGACAAGGGGAUCCUCUAUCCCUUUAUCUUUUUAUUAUAGAUAUGGAAGUUCUUACUAGACUCCUCAUGAAUGCUGCUUCCAGUCAUGUUAUUUCUUGUGUUAAAGCUGCUAGAAAUACUUCUGCUAUUACUCAUCUUUUGUUUCCAGAUGGCAUUCUCAUCUUUACUAAAGCUGAUAUGCAUAAUAUAGCAGGUAUUCUGGAUGAUCUGAAUCAAUUUGGUAUGUACUCUAGUCAAAUGAUUAAUUUUGAUAUAUCUAGUGACUAUUUGAAUAAAAAUAUAAGUCUCAGUGCUAGGUUUGACAUUGCCAAAGCUCUUAACAUGACGGAUAUGAAAGACUCUAACAAGUAUUUAGGUGUUAAUAUUUUACUUGGUAGAGAUAAAAAUAAGGUUUUGUUUUCUUCAAAAAAACCAAUAAUUCAGUCUUUUGACAUUAGACUCGAAUUGGAAAGGAAAAACCAUGAAUUAGACAACUAG